AUGUAUACUCUAUCCCAUCCCAUCCCAUCUAUCAAAAUAGACGUCAACUACAAAGAAAUCAGCGAAGGUGUUAAAGAUUUCCUACAACAUUACAAAUCUUCAGGUUUAUCAAAAGCUGAUGAAUUAUAUGAUGCUCAGAUUGAUCAACCAAACCCUGAUGAUGAUUUAGAACUAGAAGAAGCUGUUAGAAACGGUCCAAAGUACAUGUACCUAUUACAGAAAAUUGCAAAUAGAGAAUUAUCAACUUUAUAUAUUGAUUUAGAUGAUAUUUCAAAUUUUGAAUUAUCAAAUGAUUUCACUAUAGGAACUCAAAAUUUUGGUAAAAAAUCACUUGUGGAAAAUAUUCAAAAAAACACUUAUCAUUACAUUGAACUAUUUGCUAAAUGUAUCGAUGAGAUCAUGCCAUUACCUUCAAAAGAUGUUUCUUAUAAAGAUGGUGUCUUGGAUGUUAUUUUACAUCAAAGAAAAUUAAGAAAUGCAAGAUUAGCUGCUGAAAGACGUGAAGAAUUGGAAAACAACAACUUGGGUGGUGAUAACAACAAUGAACAACCACAACCUGAAGUUGAUGAAAACGAAGGGUUCCCUCCUUCUUUAACCCGUCGUUAUAAUAUUUAUUUCAGACCUUUAACCCCGUCAUCUUCCAAAAAUUCAAAACCUUUAGCCGUGAGAGAAGUUAGAGGGUCUUACUUGGGUCAACUCAUAACAAUCAGAGGUAUAGUGACUAGAGUCUCUGACGUUAAACCAUCCAUCAUGGUCAAUGCAUACACUUGUGAUCAAUGUGGGUAUGAAAUUUUCCAAGAAAUUAGCUCCAAAACAUUCACACCAUUAUCAGAAUGUACUUCUGAACAAUGUCAAAAUAAUCAAUCAAAGGGGAAACUAUUCAUGAGUACAAGAGCCUCGAAAUUCUCCCCGUUCCAAGAUGUCAAGAUCCAAGAAUUGGCAUCACAAGUCCCAGUGGGUCAUAUCCCAAGAACUUUAAACAUCCACGUGAAUGGUGACUUGGUCCGCUCCAUGGAUCCAGGUGACGUUGUCGAUGUGGCUGGGAUCUUCUUACCUGCUCCAUACACAGGUUUCAGAGCACUAAGAGCUGGGUUAUUAACUGAGACGUAUCUUGAAGCUCAGGCUAUAAGACAACAUAAGAAAAAAUAUGAUCAAUCAGAAUUGGGUGAUUUAGUGGAGUCGGAAAUUAUGCAGAUUAGAAACUCUGGUGAUACGUAUAAUAGAUUGGCUAAAUCUAUAGCUCCGGAGAUUUAUGGUCAUGAAGAUGUUAAAAAGGCAUUACUUUUACUAUUAGUUGGUGGUGUUGAUAAAAAAAUCGGUGAUGGGAUGAAAAUUAGAGGUGAUAUAAAUAUUUGUUUAAUGGGUGAUCCUGGGGUGGCUAAAUCUCAAUUAUUGAAAACUAUAGCCAAGAUUACUCCAAGAGGUGUUUAUACAACUGGUAGAGGUUCUUCAGGUGUUGGUUUAACCGCUGCUGUGAUGAAAGAUCCAAUCACUGAUGAAAUGGUUUUGGAAGGUGGUGCUCUAGUCUUGGCUGAUAACGGGAUUUGUUGUAUUGAUGAAUUUGAUAAAAUGGAUGAAGGUGAUAGAACUGCAAUCCAUGAAGUUAUGGAACAACAAACAAUCAGUAUUUCCAAAGCUGGUAUAAAUACAACUUUAAAUGCAAGAACUUCAAUCCUUGCAGCUGCAAAUCCAUUGUUUGGAAGAUUUAAUAAAAAAUUAUCAGCCUUGGAGAAUAUUAACUUACCAGCUGCCUUACUUUCAAGAUUUGAUAUCUUGUUUUUAAUAUUGGAUACACCAACAAGAGAUGAUGAUGAAAAAUUAGCUCAACAUGUUGCUUAUGUUCAUAUGCAUAAUAAACACCCAACUAUGGACUUCGAUCCAUUAUCCCCAACAACAAUAAGACAAUACAUCACAAAGGCAAGAUCUUUUAGACCUGUUGUCCCUAAAGAAGUUGGUGAUUAUGUCGUGAAUUCCUACAUCAGACUAAGACAAGAUUCUAAAAAGAAUUUAGGUAAGGCAGAUUCAUCAUUCGGUCAAGCCACUCCAAGAAGUUUAUUAGGUAUUUUAAGAAUGGCCCAGGCUUUAGCAAGAUUAAGAUUUGAUGAUACUGUAUAUACAGAAGAUGUUGAUGAAGCACUAAGAUUAUUAGAAGUUGCUAGGGCUUCAUUUGAAACAAAUUCAAAUUUUAAAAGAUCUCAAGAUUCUCCAAAGACAAAAAUUUAUCAAAUUAUUAAAAAUUUGGCUUCAAAAGUUAUAUCAAGAGGUUUUACUGAAUUUCAAUUGAAGGAUUGUUUGGAUGAAUAUAAUCAAUUGGGGAUUUGGCAAUUCAUUAAUGAUGGUGAAGAUUUAUUGUUUUUGAAUACCGCUGUUGAUGAGGAUGAAGAUGAAGAGAUGGAUAUUUAAG